UGCUCCCCAUCUCAACACAGAGUUCAGUCUGCCACAGAGUUCACAUCGGAGUAUUACUGACCUGCAAUCUUCACUGUGAUCAUACCACAAUGCCCUUUAAGGAGCGGUGCACCUGGAAAAUGCAGUUUCGGUAAAGCCUAUUGGAGGUUGAGUUACUGCGUCUGGUCAUUCAUCAUUGUGAGGAAAGAAGGAAGUCAGCCUCACAGUUGGAGGAAGGACUGCUGAGCUUCCCUCUGAUCAAGUUCUCUCAGUCUGAAAGAUGUCAACUGCCACCGCAGACAGUGUAGGAAGAGGAACCAAACCCUCUAAAGCGUCAAAGGAUCAUAAAAAGCCCACGGCAGCUGCCCUGAAAGGAGCCAUUCAGCUGGGUAUUGGUUAUGCUGUGGGAAACCUCAGCUCUAAACCGGACAGAGAUGUUCUCAUGCAGGACUUCUCUGUGGUGGAGAGCGUGUUCCUGCCCAGUGAGGGCAGCAACCUGACUCCAGCACAUCACUACCCAGAUUUCCGUCUGAAAACGUACGCACCGCUGGCCUUUCGCUACUUCAGAGAGCUGUUUGGCAUCAAGCCAGACGACUACCUGUACUCCAUGUGUAACGAGCCACUGAUCGAGCUGGCCAACCCCGGCGCCAGCAGUUCCUGGUUCUACCUCACCAGUGACGAUGAGUUCAUCAUUAAGACGGUGCAGCACAAAGAGGCCGAGUUCCUGCAGAAGCUGCUUCCUGGUUACUACAUGAAUCUGAAUCAGAAUCCGAGGACGUUGCUGCCCAAGUUCUACGGCCUCUACUGCAUCCAGUGCAGCGGCGUCACCGUCCGCGUGGUGGUGAUGAACAACGUGCUGCCGCGCGCCAUGAAGAUGCACUACAUGUACGACCUGAAGGGUUCCUCGUACAAACGACGCGCCUCGCGCAAAGAGCGCGUCAAAUCCUCGCCCACGUUCAAAGACCUGGACUUCCAGGAGAUGCACGAUGGCCUGCACUUCGACCCGGACACCUACAGUGCCCUGAUGAAGACCCUGCAGAGGGACUGUCGGGUCCUUGAGAGCUUUAAGAUCAUGGACUACAGUCUCCUGCUGGGGAUUCACGUUUCAGACCGGAAGCCGCUGAGCAGAGAAAGCCGAUGUGACAGCAGGAAGGGACAGAAAGUCCUCUACUCCACCGCCCUCGAGUCCAUCCAGGGGAACGCGAAGGCCCCAGAACUGGUGGCUGAUGACGACACAUUGGGUGGAAUUCCUGCCAAAAAUAAAGAUGAGAACCUUCUCAUCUUUUUGGGAAUCAUCGACAUUCUUCAGUCCUACAGGUUCAUCAAGAAGGUGGAACACUCCUGGAAAGCUCUUGUACAUGACGGGGUACGUAACUGCUCAUCUGUGUGUUUUUAUGUCCAUACAACCGCGUUCAUGUGUGUGUGUGUGUAUCUGACGGCAUUCUUUGCUUCUCAGGACACGGUGUCGGUUCACAGGCCCAGUUUUUAUGCGGACAGAUUUUUGAAUUUCAUGGGCUCGACCGUAUUCAAAAAGAUUCAUCCCUUAAGAGGAGCGUCUUCAAGGAGGAAGAAGAAUUCCUUCUAUGUGGCAAAGUCUGCCUCUCAGGAGUUUCUGUCCCCACUGAAGGAAGAGAAGAAGGAUGAGAAGAAGGCCCAGAGCUUGGACAACCUGGAUGGAAACUGUAAGCUUUACAGCUCCUCCAAGCAACCAGAUCUCCUUCCGAGAGUUUCUCUUGAGUCCACAGGAAACGAUGAGGAGGACAUUGAAAACAGUGAAGCCCGGCGAGCCUCCAGUUCAACAAUCGCUCUGGACGAUCCUCUGCCGUCUCUCAGCGAGAGCCAGUCAGACUCUGAACUGGACGUCUAUUUGCGUCACACAGACUCACCCAGGGAACCCAGCUGGAGUUGAACAGUCGUUUGUGUCCCAGCAUCCACAAACUUGAAGAGCCACCUGGACUUCUGACCUUUGACCUCCCAGUCCCACAGUGUCGAGACAUCAGGACCCCACAGCAGUGUAAAUGUGACACAAACUACAAGCAGUAACAUGUUGAUGUCAGUUUCACCACUGUGAGCAUCACCUUGUGCCUCUAUGACUUUCCUUUUUUAGUCAAAGUACAUAUGCCAAAUCACUGGCUCUUGAUUAGAAAUCCCAUGAAUAAGAGAUGGGGAUACAGUUUGUGUUUCUGUGUGUUAAGAUCACUGAACCACUGUAUUACUAUAAAACACUAUGAUGCCGUUUCCUCUCUUGUUAUUUGCACUUUGCUGCUAAUUUAACAGUGCUAACAAAGAAAAUUGAGUUUGACCUCCCCUCUUGGAUGUCUGAAUUGCCGUGCAAAUGUUCUCAGCGGCUGGAUCCCUGAGGAAAUAGAUUGUCUUGUAACUUAAUCAGCUACAGGGGAAAAACUUCUGUUGUUUUUAAAUCAUAUAAUUACAUCGAGUCGAUUUGAGAUCAUUCAGGAGUCAGGAAUCUGAAUGAAAGAUUCUUCUGUUGAGACAUUCAAAUAUGAGUAAAACAGAGUUUAUACCCUGAUAAACUUUAUGUGUAACUCAUUUUAGAAUCCCAAUUUGCAUAAAACAAUAAAUUAAUAUUACAAUAGACAAUUAUUAAUUUGUUCUAUUUUCAAGUAUGUAGAAUCCGCUGCGUUCCUGUGUCAUUACUAGAGAAUGAACAUUUCAUCUUCACUGGGAUUUAUUAAAACUAAUGCCUGCUUUCAACUGUUUUGAAUCCUGGAGGUAAAUAAUGACCAUAUUGUACUUUUAUCAACUGUCUUCUUUUUGCCUUCAAAUGUUUGUAAAUCUAUGCUUUUAUGUGAUUUAUAGGCCCACAACUGUAUUAUAGCAAUAUUUUGAACUUGUAUCUGUGAAAUAAAUUCAUAAAUUAUGUUCCUAUAUCUUCACUC